GCUCUACGACGACUACUUCUGCGCGAAAGUGGAUGCAAUUGGCAAGGUAGGCCUCUCUUCGUACCAGAAAUGCACGGCAGCGAUUAGGAUGCUCGCAUAUGGCGUUGCCGGUGAUUUCGUAGAUGAGUACACGCGCAUGAGUGAGUCUACCGGCUUGGAAGCGAUGUACAGGUUCUGCAGAGCAGUGAUCGGUUCGUUCGGAGAACAGUACCUCCGGCAACCUACUGCAGAGGACACAGCUCGUCUGUUGUCAAUCAACGCUGCCAGAGGGUUUCCUGGGAUGCUUGGCAGCAUAGACUGCAUGCACUGGGAGUGGAAGAACUGCCCCUUUGGUUGGCAGGGUGCAUACAGCGGUCAUUCUGAGGGGUGCACAGUCAUUCUUGAAGCUGUUGCUUCACAUGAUACAUGGAUUUGGCACUCAUUCUUCGGAAUGGCUGGCUCGCACAAUGACAUCAAUGUGCUGCAGCGCUCUCCGGUGUUUGAUAGGCUGGCGUACGGUCAGUCCCCUGAUGUGGAUUUUGAGAUCAAUGGCCAACACUACACCAAGGGGUACUACCUUGCUGAUGGUAUCUAUCCACCUUGGGCUACACUCGUGAAGACAAUCCGAAAACCCAACUCAGAGCAGGAGGCAAGGUUUGCCAAAGAGCAAGAGACAGCCCGGAAAGAUGUCGAGCGGGCAUUUGGCAUCCUCCAAGCUCGUUGGGCUAUCGUCAGACACCCUGCCAGAGCCUGGGAUGUGCAAACUCUGUGGGAGGUGAUGACCGCUUGUGUAAUCAUGCAUAACAUGACUGUACACAACCAGCUGCGGGCUGAUUUGAUCGAGCACAUGUGGCAGCAUGUAGGCAACAAUGCUGCAAACAACAAUGAUGAUGGAAAUCCCGAAGACUAA